AUGGCCGACGAACUGGAUUAUUUGAAUCCAGACUUCGACCUCAAUUCCCUCACCGUCCCUCGCUUGCGCUCUAUUCUCGUCAACCACGAUGUGCCGUACCCUGCCUCAGCCAAGAAGGCUCAGCUGAUCGGCAUCCUGCAAGACGAGGUUCUCCCCCAGGCGCGGAAGCUUCUACGGGACCGCGAACGGGUCAGGAGGACGAGCGCGGGUAUCACGGAUAUGGGAAGUCGAGCGACGUCCGUUGCGAGUGACGCGGACGAUCGCGAGUCCAUGCCUCCUCCGCCCGCCACACCCUCGACGGUGUCCUCGUCGACGGGGCCGCGACGCACGGGGACUAGACGCAGUACUCGAGCCUCGACUGCCGACACGGAUGACAGCCAUGCUCCUGCUACACCCGCUACGGCCUCGAAACGGCGGAGCGUGGCGCGAUCGGUGGGCAAGCACCCGCGUGCCUCGGAUACGGAAACCGGUGAUGAUUUGGCCGCAACGCCCGUUGCGGCUGUUGGAUCCACGGCGCGGAAGUCUACCUCUCGAAAGCUGCGGCGCAGUGAGGUGCUCCCAUCGACUGAGGUCGAAGAAUACACGCCAUCGACCAAGACAGAAUCCCGGGAUGAAAGUGUUUUCACCUACGACAAUCCCUUCCAGAGUGGUAGUCCCUCUGAGUUCCCGGGGAGUAGAGCUGCUAGCCAUGAUGGGAAGCGCAAGAGCGGGUCGCGGUUGUCGACUGAGAGCCCGGCUUUGAAGAGAGGGUUACGAUCGCGCAAGUCGGCUACUCCUACCAGCGUCAGGCAAGAUGAUGGAUACAAGGCUCCUGCGAGAGACUCGUUUGACUUUGCCUCUAAGCUGAGGCCCACCAAGGAGGAACCAGAAGAAGAAUCCGAUGACGAUCAUGAAGACGACGAGAGUGAUAUUGCUGGCGAGGAGUUCACUCCGGAAGAGCAGCUUGCCCUGGAGAGCGAGCACUACGCGCCGGAAACUACAGUACGACGACGGCCGCAGAAGCCCAGUGCUUUUGGCCGCAUUGCUCCUUGGCUGGUAAUCCUCUCUAUAUUCGGAAGUUUUGGCGCCUGGUGGCGCAAGGAGAAGAUCGAGAUUGGGUUCUGUGGUCUGGGCAAGCCCACCUGGUCGUUGGCUGAGACGAAAGUACCCGAGUGGGCCAACGUCCUCGAGCCGCGGUGCGAGCCGUGUCCACCCCAUGCCUUUUGUUACCCGGAGUUCGAGGCUCGUUGCGAGCAUGACUUUAUUCUCAAGCCCCACCCUCUUGCCGUUGGUGGUCUGGUUCCCCUGCCACCGACCUGUGAACCCGACAGCGAGAAGGCUCGUCGUGUGAAGGCUGUUGCAGAUAAAGCAGUGGAAGAACUUCGAAGCCGGCGUGCUAAGUGGGAAUGCGGGCAGCUGAAGAAAGAUGGGAAAGAUGCUCGCUCCCCUGAUAUCAGCGAACCAGACCUGAAGGAAGAGGUUGCAAAGAGACGUCGCAAGGGCAUGAGUGACAGCGAAUUCGAGGAUCUCUGGAAAGGUGCCAUCGGCGAGGUUAUUGACAAGGACGAGGUCGUCAGCAAAGUCCAGCAACCAUCCGCCGUCCUCGUCCUCAGUUCCACCUCCAUCGCCCGACUCCCCCUCACCUGCGCCGUCCGCCGAUACGUUCGACUCGCUCUCCUCGCGUAUCGACUCCCUCUUUCACUUCUAAUUCUGACUGCCGCCGCCCUUGUGUAUGCUCGGGCCCGUGUACGUGCCCGCCGCUCAGACAUCGCCCGCGUGCCCGAGCUCGUUGCCACGACUCUCGACCGGCUCGCCACGCAGGCCGCCCUGCAUGCCCGCAACGGCGCCCGAGAGCCGUACAUCCCCAUCGGCCAGCUCCGCGACGACGUCCUGCGCUUCGAGCUCCAGGGCAAGCGACGCGAGGAGCUCUGGCGCCGCGUCCGCCGCGUCGUCGAGGGCAACGCUAAUGUGCGCGCCGCCGUCCGUGAAGGCCGCAGCGGCGACGUCGCCCGGGUCUGGGAGUGGAUCGGCGGUAUUGGCAGUGUUGGCGGCACUAGCGCCGAUCUUGAGGGUAGUGCGCGCCGCGACAGUGCUCGAUUCUCUCUGCCUUCUCCCUCGAGUCCCGGGGCCCUGGAGUAUAUGACUGCCGACGACACUAAGCCCGACCCUGCUACCAGCCCGAGACAGUCUCGUCGCUGGGACGAGGGACGUCCGAUUUACUGA